GUCGCCAGGCCAGAUCGGUUGAUGUUGUUAGCGCAUACCAGUGGGCAUGGGAUGCAGACCCUGCCAAAGGACAAAACGUGGGACAAGGCCUCUACUCGACUAAGCAGGCACAGCCAGAUUCACCAGCAUUUGGGGACUUUGUUCGCCACACAGGUGACAUCUGCAAACGCACGCACAUUGAUUUUGUUCUUGCCUCAGCAUGCACCGCAGACCUUCGUGCCAAGCGUGCCCAACCUACGGAUGAGGAAAGCCAGCAGCUCAGGCGUCUGAUAGAAGAGCGCAUCAGCUCAGACCCUCCUGCCACAACUGAGUCCCUCAAUCGGAAGUACAAGCAAGCGUCCGACAGCUUUGGGCGGAGAGACAUGCAGUCAGGGCAGCCUGUGAUUCCUUUCGGCGCAGCAGAGCGCUUGGUAGAGUUCAGCUUCACUCUGCACAAGGAGAUGCAGACUCUUUUCGCGGACGAUUUUCUAUCUGCUUUCAGGUUGGCGGACAGUCGCGACCUGGGCCUCAUGUGCGCCAGAGUCGGCUGCUUGUUUGAAGCUUUGCGGGAAGCUGGAAUGCAGGUGAACCCUGAAAAGUCGAAGCUGAUGUUGCGAGCUGCCGGAAACACCCUCACAAAGUGGAUACGCAAGCACUCGUUCCUGCAUGAGGGGUCCAAAUUUAUUAAGUUUGCCACUCCUUUUUCUGCAGUAAAGAUUGGCCUUGCGGAUUCCAUAGAGUACCUUGGCGCGUGCCUUUCUUUUCAAAGUUUUGAGAAGCAAACCGCCCAGCUACGCAUCAAACAGGCUCGUGCGUCAGUCAGCAGACUUUGCAAGGUCCUAUUUAAGAAAAGGGGUCUCAGCAUGAACCAGAGGGUUAAAGUCUACCUCACCUGCAUUCGCUCCACUGCGUUGUACAGCAUUUCUGCCAUUGGAGCCACCGAGGAAAGCCUGCAGUUGCUCUCACGUAUGGAAGCCCAUCACAUCCGGUGUAUUGCUGGCUCAGCCAGACACAUCACUUUUGAGAGUACUGCUGAUCUCUAUGUACGUCGGGCUGACCUCUGUGCGGCAGUUUCUUCGCCAGUCAGUGGAGCGUAG